CUAAGAUAUUCAGGUGCAGAAUUUCCUCACACCUGCAGAAUCAAAUGCAUUCAUUGAUGUUGCAGAAUCAAUUGUGUUUGCCCACCAAGUCUCAGUCCAGUGUAUGGUGAACCUUAUUGAGACAAAGGUAGAAUAUCUGUGAAUGAUCCAGCUCAUUCAGAUACAAUAUGGCAGUCUGGACUCUGCAAAUUAUUUUCUGAUAAUAAGAUUUGGGAGAAGGUUGCUGUUGGCCCAAAUCCCAACUUCAGAUUUUACUGGUUUGCUACUUGUCUCAAAAUUUUUACUUAAUAUUAUCCAGUGUCAAGGAAUAGCGGAAGUUCAAAGGUUCAUAGUUAAUUGGUGUUAGAUUGUCGAGCUCCAAAGUAGCACAUGAAAGAAUUGUACUCUCUAUAAUGAGUUUUUAAAAGGGUCUCUCUGUUACUGUGACUUUAUGAUAUGCUUCUUUAAUUGAAAAGUGUUGUAGAACUUCUUCUUGUCUUAAAUUUUUUCUAUAAACAAUCCAGUUUUCAUUUGAGCCUACCGUGAAGGAUAUUUUAACUGCCAUUCUUCCAGGUACAAGCCAGGUCAAUAGUCUGGAUGGCAUAUUGAUGAAAGUGUUGGUCUUGGAGGAGGGAAGCACACCCAUUAUACUUUGUUAAAAUAUUGAAGUGGUGUUUCUACUGGAUCAGAGCCCAUAGUCGGAGGGGACACUGUCUCCUAUGGUUCAAGAGAUAAGUGUUGUAGGCUUGUAGCUGAGGUAUAGAUGCUUUGAUUCAUAUCCCGUUGCUCCCAUUGCAUUUGUUCUCCAUGUUGCUUUUAAUCUUUCAGAGUUUGUGUGUUUCUUCAGACCUUAAUUUUCAUAGUCCAUCGUCCAUUGAUUGCAAUCCGAAUCCUGGAGGUGGCUCCUAUUGAAGGAAUGGCCCUAUUGCACAUUCAUGGGGGGACAAACGCAUGUUGCCUGAAGCUGGAAACAUUUCCAAGGGCAUCAUCAAGUGUGUCUUCCGUUCAGAUGUAGCUUUUGCUUGAAUGCCAAUAGAUUAUGAUCCUUAUUCCCUUUCCUUCUGAUAUAUAUACUAGUAGCCCUUUUAUUCAUCCAUAUCUUCAUGGCAUCUCUGCUUUUGCUGAAGUGAAGCUAAGCUGUUUUUUUUUUUAUUGUAGAUGAACAUUGAACAGUUUCUUCACCAUAUCAGAAAAAAAAAAAAAAUCUGGAAAGAGAUAAAAAUUCCAUUCUAUU